AUGAAGAGCUUGCUCUUGGCCCUUGUGGUCCUUGCCUUGCUCUCCUGUGUUCCACCAGUUAGAAGUGGACCGAAUAUGUAUAUAAGAAGAGUCUUUUCUACAUGCUGGCGAUCCAAAGGUGUUUGCAGGAAGUCAUGUGGAAAAAGGGAAGAAUAUCAUAUUUUUUGUGAUAGUGCAUUUCUGUGCUGCAUUGACAAAAAGUAUUUACCUAUACAGAUUGGAAAAUAAGUAUCUGAGUACCUGGGGCUCCUUCUGAUUUCCUCUGGGGACCCAGAUCUUUCUCAGUUGUACCA